UCCUUCCGGCCCGGCGGCGGCGGCAGCGUCCGCCCGGCAGCGCGGCGGGGCGGGCCUGAGCGCAGCCAUGGUGGGCCCGGGCCCGGGCGGCGGGGCGCCGCUGGAGAACGCCAACCCGCUCAUCUACCGCCGCUCGGGGGAGCGCCCGGUGACGGCGCGGGAGGAGGACGACGAGCUGCCCGACUCCAUCGACGACCGGGAGAUCUUCGAUCUCAUUCGCUCCAUUAACGACCCCGAACACCCCCUCACCCUGGAGGAGCUGAACGUCGUCGAGCAAAUGCGAGUGAAAGUGAAUGACGCAGAAAGCACAGUGGCAGUGGAGUUCACCCCCACCAUCCCUCACUGCAGCAUGGCGACGUUAAUCGGCCUCUCCAUAAAAGUAAAAUUGAUCAGAUCUCUGCCUGAGAGAUUUAAGCUGGAUGUUCAUAUAACACCAGGAACACAUGCUUCUGAGCAUGCAGUUAAUAAACAGCUUGCUGAUAAAGAACGUGUAGCAGCUGCUUUGGAAAACUCUCACUUACUGGAAGUGGUGAAUCAGUGUUUGUCUGCUCGAUCGUAAUUGCCCAAUGGGAACAUCGUUGGUAUUCUGCUAUGUUAAACUUAUUUUGUAUAUAAGUGGUGAUGCUAAUGUUACACUAUGCGUAUAUCUAUGAGCAAAAUAAAAUCACUUGGAUUUUCUUAAAGAAAUGUUGCAUUACUCCUACAAAAAAAAGAAUGUGGGAAAUUAGCUUUCAGGCAGCUACAAAAAUAUAGGGAAAAUUGACUUCUAUGUUUUAUUAAGUCACGACGUAGGUAGGAUUUUUCUCUAAAAAGAUUUGUUUCAACCUGGUUUUUAACUGGUCUCUCACUAUCCAAAAUUAGUUAUAAACUGCAUUUUAGAAGUGGAUUUUGCACUGGACUUUACAAAUGCACCAAGCUUAUUGGCAGUUAAAGUCUUUACAUUCAUAUGACUAUUUUGGACUGCUAAUAGAAUUUUAGCUUCAGACAUAAAAAACUGUGUAAGUUCAUGUUUGCAUAGUUGUAACACAUUUUAACAAUAAGUGUAAACACUUCUAAAUCAUCUGCCUGGUUUUUAUUAUAUUGACUUGGAUUAGCCAAAUAUGGAGGGCUCUUCAGACCUGAUUUAUUUUAAAUUGCUCAUCACUUGUGGUAGGAAAUACAGUAUCUUUGAGGGAGGGUUGGGGGGGGGGUUAUGCACCUGCUGAAAUAUAGGAGAGAGUAAUUCAUAGUUUUCGGUACAAACAGUCCAGCUACCCUGUGCUGAAAGACUUUCCUGGCAGUUUGACAGCUAAAUGACAAGUUUUGCUUUGAAUGUACUGAUAUUUAAUAAUAAUAUUUAGCUCAUGCUUCUGGUCUGGGAAGUGUGGCAUUUACUAAACUACUGUCUUCGGCAAAAAUUAACAGUAGAAACAUUAACUAACAUAGAAAUCCAGAAUCUGAAAUUUUAUAAAAGAUGUUUCUAAUGGUGGACCACAUGGAAAAAUAACAACCUGCUAAAGGAAUUGUAUCAGGUAUUUUGGUGCCUGCGCACAUGCAAUGUUACCUUCAUUGUCAUCAGUUAUCUAGAAACUAAUACACUUUUUUACAAGUAGAUUGUGCUUACCUGUUUAAUGGUAAUGCUUUGUUAUUUCAGCAGUGUUUUUUCUUGGAGGGUCUCAGAUGCUGUUUUAAAAAUGUUGAAGCUUAUGAACACUAUGUAAACCACAGCCUUCUAGUCCAGUCUAGUCUUUGUUGAACUGCUGAGGAAACUGAGGCAGUGGUGAUCCAACAGUGACAUCGAAACUCACAUAGCAAAAUAGGACAGAAGGAAAUCCAAAUCUUCCCAUUUCAGAAAUGAGGCACCCAGUUUGCACAGGGCAUCUACAGAAAUCCAACUCAGCAGCAGCCUUAAUCUGCUUAUUUGGUUUAGUAUCCUUUGAAUGAUCAGCGCUUGCCUGGAUGUAUGAGUGAAACUGUAAAUAAAGACAAUAUUUAUGUUGUAUUGAUCCUGA